CGGGAGCGCAACGCCCCGGGGACCGGAGCCCAAGAUGUGCAAGCCGAGCAGAGGCAGCGGCUGCAGCAGCUCCGGAGCUCGAAAGAGGGACGGGGACCGACAGUGUCAUCCAUCGCUCGUGGCAAGUCUGCUCUCCUGACUUGCCUGCCGUCCUUCCCCCGCCCCUCCCGGCGCUCCCCCCAAAGAAUGUCAGCCAAGUCGAAGGGGACCACAUCCUCUUCCUCCGCCACCUCCUCGUCCGUGUCCUCUCCAGCCGAAGGGGUGCCGCCAGCUUCCAAAGCCAAGGUGAAGGAACAGAUCAAGAUAAUCGUGGACGAUUUGGAAUUAGUCCUGGGGGACCUGAAGGACGUGGCCAAGGAGCUGAAGGAGGUGGUUGACCAGAUUGAUACACUCACUUCUGAUCUGCAACUGGAAGAUGAGAUGACUGACAGCUCAAAAACAGACACGUUGAAUAGCAGUUCAAGUAGCACAACAGCAUCAAGUUUGGAAAAAAUAAAGGUUCAAGGCAGCGCCCCACUCAUCAGGGCUCCGGCCCAUCCAUCUGCUAUUCUAACAGUAUUAAGGAAACCUAAUCCACCCCCACCUCCUCCACGAUUGACUCCAGUGAAGUGUGAAGACACCCACAGGCCAGUUAUCUCUGCCAAUCCAGUAAAGACUAAUGGGACUCUGCUACGAAAUGGAAGCUUACCAGGAGGACCUAAUAAAAUUCCAAAUGGAGAUACAUAUGGUAUAUCAAAUAAUAAUUUGGACAAAGUUCCGAUACAACCUCUUAUGCACAGAACUGAGAAAGACAGAUGUCCUCAAGCUGGAACACGGGAACGGGUACGAUUUAAUGAAAAGGUGCAGUACCAUGGCUAUUGUGCUGAUUGUGACAUGCGGUAUAAUAUUAAAAACAGGGAGGUUCAUUUGCACAAUGAGCCUGCUCAUAACCCAGGAAAACCUCCUCAGCAGUGUCCUCCCUCAUCACCACCUCCUUCACCACUUCCUCCUCCCCAAUUAGAAAAUGGUGGGGUGGGCAUAUGUCCCAGUAAUAGCUUUCCCCCUCUCAGACCUGCAACUGUGCCUCCACCAACUGCACCAAAACCCCAAAAGACCAUCCUGAGGAAAUCAACCACAACAACAGUGUGAUUUUUCCCCACCUGGAAAACUGUUUUCGCUUUUGUUUUGUUUUUUCUUAUGUACAAAUAUUGAAAAAAGGUAAAGAGCACUUUCUACAAAAGCAAUAAAAAGCCCAAAUAUAUUGCACCCUUUCUUCUGUGAAGUGGCAAAAAAAUUACAUGCUCCUUCAGGCUAGAAGGUAUCUGAAUAUUUGAUGACACAAUAACCAGUUCUCCUAUGACAGAUUUGACAGUGCAACCUCUUUCAGGCAAUACUACAUAAUAACAACAUCGACUCUCCUUAGAGCAUGAGGACCCUUGAGCCUGAGCACAACUGAUAUCUGGUGCCAUCUACAUUACUACACCGGCCUCAUUUAGCAGCUAUGAGCUGAGUCCUGACAAAAGCCACAGCCUUAAGCACCAUGCACUCUGAUUGAAGAAACGGAAGUCAGUUACUUUUGUGACCCAUUGCAGAAACAACAAUUGCCGAACAGCAUUCCUGUGAUCCAGCCAAAUGUGUUAAAUAGAUGUAGCAAAAUGAAAGUUGGAAGCACUUAAAUGGAUCAAGCGAUGCCAAUGCCUAUUGUGUGGAAGAGAAGGCUAUUAUUGUCUCCUGUGCAAAUUCAAAGCCAUAGAAGAGAGAAGUUGAUGCUAAAAUGCUUGGAAAAGGUUGGUUCCUGUCCUUUGCUGAAACAAUUCAACUGUUACAGCAUGCAGCUCAAUGCACUUCUAAUAUUUGCACUGUCGCUUUCAUUCAGGGGAAUGAUGUAAGCCAUUAUUUGCACAGAUGGCCACAUGAAAUUUUAGCCAACAAGAAGAUGUAUGUUGAGAGUUUGAGAGCAAAAAAUAAAUAAAUUUGUGUACAAAAAUGAAGAAAACAUAAAGUCCCUCCAUCACUUUGCAGCUGGAAUCUUUGAGAAAGCAAAUACUUGCUCUUAGAACUGAGAUAACAAUAAUGAUAACAAAAAAAGCAUCAACAAGCUAACAUGGAUUUUAGAAUCAAUCUAAUUUUAAUACAUUUUUGUAUCAGUGUAACAACAAAGAAAUUAACCAAGAUAACUGAUAUGUUCCUAAUGAAUACUGACAGAAACUUCCCAAUUACUAUAAAGGAAGAAAACAUGUUUGUAUUACAUAUUUGACAUAUGACAUUUUUAUAGCUAAAAAUCUGUUCUACAUGGAAAAUGUAUCAGAUAAAUAGGCAUUUUCAGUUUAUUUUUCUAAAUAAAUGUGUUUGUAUCAUUUGCAUUUAAUUAUUUUUGCUGAUUUUCAUUACUCAACCACUAUUUCCUCUUUCACUAAAAAGGGAAACAUAAAGAACCAAAACAUAGGUUUUGCCAUGCUAAAAUCAGAAUGAUUUGCAGACUGAAAGCUUUAAUAUAGAAUGUUGUUUGUAGAAUUAUAAAGUAUAUUUCUAUGGUAAAUGCAUAUGGAAAGUAAGAAACUCUGUAUUUUAAACUUUACUUUCAAUACAUAGGUUAUUUUUACUAUUCCAAGGAAGUAUUUAGUUAGCAUAGUUUAUUGGGGAGUCUUAGAUAUGAUUAAUUAUGUUUGCUAUAGUUUAUAUUGAAGCUAUAUGUGCAUAACACAAGACAUGAUCCAGUACCUGAUCUCUGCACGGUCAAAGGAUCUGAGGGUAAUAUACAACACAGUGAGUGUUAGUAUCCAUCUCAAAAAAUAAUUCCCAUAUAUUAGGCCUCAGCUCC